AUGUGCUCCCUGGGGCUGUUCCCGCCGCCGCCUCCCCCUGGCGAUGUCACCCUGUACGAGCUCAACAACGCCCUGGUCUGCGGCCGCCUCAGCGAGCAGCUGCCGCUGGCCUUCCAGAGCCAGGUGCCGCAGCUGCCGGUGCUGAGCCUGCCCAAGGAGCCGCUCAAGGCCCACGGCCGCCUGGAGCCCAGCGCGCGCCCGCCCUUCAUCCACCACCGCGAGUCGCUCUGGAAGCGCUGCCUGGGCGCCUGGCGCGACGCCGGGCUCUGCGGGCUGCUCCGGGAGCUGGCCAGCGCCGACGAGGACGGGCUGCGGUGGCUGCGGACGGCUCCGGACACCGGUGGGAAGUGGACACCGGGUUUGGGUAGCAGCGCUCCAAGAGGGGCCCGAAUCCAGGUGGGGGAGAGGGAGAAAGGGCUGGACACUGUGGGUCCUUGCUGGCAGCUCAGCGUUCUCCUGUCCCUGCAGCUGACCAGUGAGGACAUGAUCGCUGCCUUCUCCCAGGCCGUGGACUGGGCCGGCUGCACCGUCCGGGCCUUCGCCUGGCACCCCCACACCAACAAGUUCGCUGUGGCUCUUCUGGAUGAUUCCAUCCGUGUGUACAACUCCAGCAGGUGGGGCUUUGUCCCGGGAUUUGGGCAGCCUGGGGUGGGCACUGCCCUGGUCCUGCUGCCCGUGGCCUCCUCGCACACCUGGGCACACCUGGGCACACCUGGGCUUCCGUUCAGCCCUCCCUACUCCUUCCCCACUCUCGGAAUGCCAGUCCCUGCUCAGGAGAAGACUCUGCCGGCUGCUCCUGCAGCCCCCCAGUUUGGGGACAGAGUGGGGAAUGGCUGGGCGAUGGGGUUGGACGUGGUGGAUUCCCAGGGCAGCAGGAUUGGGGUAAAUUCCCAGGAAUUCUGCUCCCUGAAUCCCGUCUCCUGCAGGGUGUGGGAGGCCCAGAUGUGGACCUGCGAGCGCUGGCCCACCCUCAGGGGACGCUGCCAGACAGGGUGCUGGAGCCCCGAUGGCAGCCGCCUGCUCUUCUCCGUGCUGGACGAGUCCGUUAUCUACUCCUUGUCCUUCUCCGAGUACCGGGGGGAGAUGCAGGGGCAGGUGGGAGGCUCCAAAACGGCCUCGAUCGUGGCAGACCUGUCCGAGACCACCUUCGAGACCCUCUACGGGGAGGAGAGGAUCGGAGGAGAGGUUCAUUCCAUGGUGUGGGACCCCACUGGGGAGAGGCUGGCGGUGAUCAUCAGAGGACAGCCCGAGGCUCCGGGCAGCCAGGCGGCCGUGGCCGUGUUCCGCACCCGCAACAGCCCCGUCUUCGAGCUGCUGCCCUGCGGCUUCGUGCGGGGCGAGCGCGGCGCCCAGCCCCAGCUCAUCUCCUUCCACCCCUGCUUCCCUCAGGGCGCCCUCCUGACCGUGUGCUGGUCCUCGGGGAGGAUCUCCCACAUCCCCUUCUUCUUCGUCAGCGCCCUGGAGCCGCGCAGCCCCCGCCGCAGCCCCGUGCCCGCGCUGGGCAGCGUGCGGGAGCAGCCGCUCUUCUCCGAGCUCUGAGACCUCCCAGCCCUGCCCAGGG